AUGGCGCAGCUCACGGCGCUGCCCGCGGAGCUUCUGCACCACAUCUUCGCCUUCCUGGACCCCAGGGAUCUGGGCGCCGGGGUACCCCGCGUCUGCCGAGCGUUCAACGACUAUAUCAAGGGCAACUGGAAGCUGUUCCAGGAUGUGUACCUCAACCAUUUGCUUAUAUGUGAUCGCCCAGUGGCAUCGGCCAAGGAUCACGAGUUGGAAUUCGUCCACAAGACGGUGACGGACCUCCUCGACCGCGCCUCGUCGCGCGGGUAUACCAACGACAACUCCAAUACGCACAGCGCCUCGCGCAACGCGGACCUGCUCCGCCAGCUCUUCUCCGACCGCGACUCGACGUGCGCCGCCUUUCUCGAGCGCUCCUUUUUGUUCGAGCGCGUGCGCUGCGAACGGCCGCUCACCUUCCCUACCCCGCGCGGGCCCGCCGACGACGCGCACCAGCGCAGCGCGCACCUGCACUGCCUCUACGGCUCGCCGAUCCAAAAUGUCGGCCGGCUGCGCUCCACGCGCACCUACCCAUUUGCGUGCUCGUCCGUCUACGAUAUGCGCGGCCACACGGCGCGCACCGGCUGGGGCCCCUUUCGCGACGACGGCUCCGGCCACGUCGACUGGCAAAAGGUCGAGGCCGUCAUGGUCGUCUUGGGCUACAACAUACAGUCGAAGCGCUUCGUGUCCAAACUGUUUAGCGACGUCUGGAACACGCCGUUUUCGGGGUCGUGGCCUGCCAGUUUUAUGCAGACGCCGCCGCUCUCGCCGCCGCGCGAGCUGUCGUCGCUCGAGCUCAGCGAUCCGUACGGAAUCACAGGCACGUGGUACAGAGUGGUUUGCUUCCUCGACUACAACGACUUCUUCACGUACAACUUUCCAAUGGGAGACCCGUUUCCAGACAAUCUACCCCGGCCCGGUAUCAGCGUCGGCGAGGCCACGCGACUUAUUAUCCUGAAGCUGCACGUGACGCGCGACUCCAGGCUGCUGGACGACGGCUUAGACGCCAACGCGUCGUCUGAACUAAAAGGGACCGUCCGGCUGACGGUGGAAGGCGAAGUGCGUUGGACGUCAUCGUCUCUCUACAACGGGCAAGAACGGUGGAAGAGCGAGGGCAUCCAAAUCGGCGGUGUCCGUUCCGCGCGCGGCGUUAUGGGCUUUUGGUUCGACAGCGAUUACGACGCGCACGGCCCGGUAGGGCCUACGGCCAUUUGGAAGGCGAGCGAUUCGGAGGCGCCGUAUGGCAAGAUUGCCGAUAUCCUGCCGACGGGUUUUCUGGCAUACAGCGCGCUAGUGUCGGUGGAGGAUUCGGACCCCGAGAGCGAGAUGGACUACUCGGCGGACGAGGAGGAGGAAGAGGAGGAGCUGGAGAUUGACUUUGAGAUGUUGCGGGGAGAAUUGCCGGCGCUGUUGCUGGACGCGAAUAUGGACGUAGUCGAUGUACCUCAUGACGAGACGUGA